AUGUCGACUACUGUAGCACAGCCUGUCUUUUCUGUUGAUUUAAAUAUGGUGAUGACGUAUCAGAAAAUGGUAUGUCCUACACUUUCCAUUCCCCUUCUACUUCUCCAAAUACGCGAUUCGUUACUCAAGUUUGGUGGCGAUAAGACGGAAGGCAUUUUUAGACUUUCUGCGAAACAGGAGGAAGUUGAUUGUUACAAGUUGCGGUUCAACAAAGGGGACUACUCGAUAUUUAAAGAGUGUAGUUGUCAUACAUUGGCCAGCCUUUUUAAGCUUUUUCUCAGAGAAUUACCAAACCCGGUCAUCCCGUCGAAGUUUUACGACAACUUUGUCAACGAAGAUGUUGUCGAACAAUUUGAGAAAGACCCGGACUCGAUUUUAAAAGCACUUGAAAUCCUUCCCGCUGUCAACAAAUCGACGGUCAUCUUUAUCAUCAAUUUCCUCCAAACUGUUUCGCGGAAUGAAAGCGAGAGUAAAAUGGGGGUCGACAAUUUGUCGAUUAUAUUCUCCGCUUGUAUGCUUGUCUCAAACGAUUUGGACCCUUUCAUGGCACUCACCAAAACAAAUUUAGCCAAGGCUUGUAUCGCGGCAAUGAUCGAAGGUCUUCCGCAGUCCGCAAUCAACAUGGUGAAUCUCUCCUACAAUGAUUAUGACCACAAUGGGUUACUCUUACUUGACGAAGACCCCGUCGUUCAGUUCAUUGAAGAAAAACAAAAGAAGAAGGAGAUCAAAGUCGAAGCAAAGAAAGGUAUUUUCCGUACACGUGACAAGACCGUUUCAAGGCCCGAGAAAUUGCAUUUGAAAACAAGUUCUGAGAUCCCAAAGAGUGUGACCCUCUUAACAGCGUCAGCCUCUUCUUUACUUGGCGAUCACAAACGGGUGACAUCCGGUGAGUUUAAGACACAGUCCGCGCGCAAUUCCACAAGUGUUUCUCAAAUGUUUGAUAUCGUGACCCUCCCCGACAGACUCAAGUUGCCCUCUUUUUUAAAUACAAAAGUGUUUUCUACAACGAAUUGA